CUUAAAAUAGAAGUGCCCCUUGACUGGCACCCAGGCAGAGCCGGACUCCGGGCAUCUGCAGCCGCAGACCUCCCCCGAGGGAGCCGCUGCCCCAGAGCCGAGGCAGGCUCUCCUGGCCCAGAAGCCCCGAGGGUGCCCCCAUGGAGUCUGACUUUUGCUGACCAGACUCAGGCAGGAGGUGCGCUGCCAAGACAGGUGGCCCGCAGCCAGUCGCCAUGGCAUCCCCCAGCACGGAGAGCCAGCUCCAGAGGAUCAUCCGCGAUUUGCAAGAUGCUGUGACAGAACUAAGCAAAGAAUUUAAGGAAGCAGGGGAACCCAUCACAGAUGACAGCACCAGCUUGCAUAAGUUUUCUUACAAACUUGAGUAUCUCCUUCAAUUCGAUCAGAAGGAGAAGGCCACCCUCUUGGGCAGCAAGAAGGACUACUGGGAUUACUUCUGCGCCUGCCUGGCCAAGGUGAAAGGAGCCAACGACGGCAUCCGGUUCGUCAAGUCCAUCUCGGAGCUCCGAACAUCUCUGGGAAAAGGAAGAGCAUUUAUUCGCUACUCCUUGGUGCACCAGAGGUUGGCCGACACCUUACAGCAGUGCUUCAUGAACACCAAAGUGACCAGUGACUGGUACUAUGAAAGAAGCCCCUUUCUGAAGCCAAGGCUGAGCUCUGACAUUGUGGGCCAGCUCUACGAGCUCACUGACGUUCAGUUUGACCUGGCGUCCAGGGGCUACGACUUAGAUGCUGCCUGGCCGACGUUUGCCAGGAGGACGCUGUCCCCCGGCUCGUCCGCUUACAUGUGGAAGCCCCCCAGCCGCAGCUCCAGCAUGAGCAGCCUGGUGAGCAGCUACCUGCAGACUCAGGAUAUGGCCUCCAGCUUUGACCUGAACAGCCCCUUGAACAACGAAGCGCUGGAGGGCUUUGAUGAGAUGCGGGUGGAGCUGGACCAGCUGGAGGUGCGGGAGAAGCAACUGCAGGAGCGCAUACAGCAGCUGGACAGAGAGAACCAGGAGCUGAGGGCAGCUGUCACCUCUCAGGGAGAGCAGCUGCAGAUGGAGAGGGAGAGGGGUCGCUCUGCCGCCCAGGACAACAUACGUCUCACUCUCACAGUGGCCGAGCUCCAGAAGCAGUUGGAGCUCACCCAGGCCACACAGAACACCGUGAAGGAGCUGCAAACGUGCCUGCAGGCCCUGGAGCUGGGCGCCGCAGAGAAGGAUGAGGAUCACCGCGCGGCCCUGCGGCAACUGGAGUCCAUGCUGCAGCUGCUGACCCAGGAGCUUGAGGCCACCCGGGAUUUGCUGGGCAGGAAGAACCAGCUUUUAGCUAGUGUCCCAGCUCCUCCAGGCACAGCUGAACAGAAGGCAGAAGUGACACUGGACACAAAGGGGCAGCAGGAACGCAUCCCCAGUGCCUCCGUCCAGGAGAUCCAGGAGCUGGGGGAGAAGCUUCGAGCUCUAGAGCGGGAGAGCACCAAGGCCCAGGAACUCAACAAGCAGCAGAGUGCCCGGCUGGAGCAGCUAGCCAAUGAGCUACAGCUGAAGGAGGAGGCCCGGGCCCGCCUGGAGCGCCUCGUGGCAGAGACAGCCUCACUCCAGGAGGAGAUGUCCGGGAAGAGGCAGGAGGCAGCCGAGCUCCAGCGGCAGCUACAGGAGGCCCAGGCCAACUUGAGCUCCUUGAAGGAAGAGCUAGCAGAGGUGAGGCAGGAGGAGAAGCGGCACCGACAGGAGAAAGAGCUGCUGCAGGGAGAGGCCAGGUCCCUGAUAUGGCAGCUGCAACUCUUGGAGACUCAGCUGGCACAGGUGAGCCAGCAUGUGAGUGACCUGGAGGAGCAGAAGAAGCAGCUCAUCCGGGACAAAGACCACCUCAGUGAGAAGGUGGGGACACUGGAGCGGCUGGCAGGGCAGUCAGGCACAGGCCUGCCUCUGGCAGGCGAGGAGAAUGAGACUCUGGCCCCACAGGAUUCCACCCUGCAACAGGCCUUGGAGACGCCGGAGGAGCAGAGAGGCCAGCAGGAGGGACCGGUGAAUGAUGCCAAGAUGCAAGGGAGCAGCCAGGAGGAGGAGCUGCAGCAGGCCAACAGGGCGCUGGAGAAGGAGCUGCAGAGUGUGGCAGCGCGCAACCAGCUCCUGGAGGACAAGCUGCAGACCCUGCAGGCUGAUUACCAGGCACUACAGCAGCGGGAGGCGGCCAUCCGGGGCUCCCUGGCUUCCCUGGAGUCAGAGCAAGCCAGCAUCCGGCACAUGGGUGACCAGAUGGAGGCCAGCCUCCUGGCUGUGAAGAAGGCCAAGGAGACCAUGAGGGCUCAUGUGGCAGAGAAGGAGGCUGCCCUGCAGAGCAAGGAGGCCGAGUGCCAGCAGCUGCGGGAGCAGAUGGAGCAGGGCCGGCAGCUGGCAGAGGCCCGGGAAGGGGAGCUUAGGGCUUUGGAGAGCCAGUGCCAGCAGCAGACCCAGCUGAUCAAGACCCUCACUGCAGAAAAAGGCCAAGAGGGGCUCAACCCACCUCAAGAGAAUGCGUCUCAGGAGCUAGCCGCGCAGCUGGCCCUGUCUCAGGCGCAGCUAGAGGUCCAUCAGGGGGAGGCUCAGCGAGCGCAGGCUGAGGUGGUGGACCUUCGGGCCAAGCUCCAGGCAGCCCUGGGUGACCAAGAGCAGGUGCAGGGCCAGCUGAGCGUGACCAAGGCAGCUCUGGAGGAGCACAAGGCCCUUGUGCAGCAACUUAAGGAGCAGAAUGAAGCCCUCAACAGGGCCCACGUCCAGGAGCUGCUGCAGUGCUCAGAGCAGGAAGGGGCACUACAGGAGCAGGGGGCCCACGAGGCCCACCUGAAAAUGGAGGAGCUCCACACCCUGCAGGAGGAGCUGUCUCAGGCCGAGUGCCUCUCCCAGGAAGCACAGCUGGAACACGCCGAGCUGCAGGAGCAGCUGCACAGGGCCAACACGGACACCGCCGAGCUCGGCAUCCAGGUGUGCGCACUGACUGCUGAGAAAGAGCGGCUGGAAGGCGUGUUGGCUCGCACUGUCCAGGAGCUCAGGGAUGCCAAAGAGGCAGCCUCCAGGGAGCGAGAGGGCCUGCAACAGCAGGUGGCGGGGCUGCAGCAAGAGAUGGAGAGCUUGCAGGAGAAGCUGAAGGUGGCUGAGGAGGCAGCUCACUUGCUGCCUGGCUUGCGGGACCAGCUGGCCCAGGCCGAGCAGCGGGCCCAGAGCCUCCAGGAGACUGCGUGCCAGGAGCUCGACACCCUCAAGUUCCAGAUGAGUGCCGAGAUCAUGGACUACCAGAGUAAACUUAAGACUGCCAGUGAAGAGUGCAGGAGCCUCAGGGGCCAGCUGGAGGAGCGAGGCCGGCAGCUGCAGGCCGCCAAGGAGGCAGUGGGGAAGCUGGAGGCCGCCCAGGCAGACGCAGGAGAGGAGCUGAGCCGCACGAGCAGGCACCUGUCGGAGUGCCAGGCCGCCGUGCUGAAGAAGGACGAGGAGGGGGCCGCCCUGCGCCAGCACUUGGACAGGACCCAGAAGGAACUUGAAAAGGCCACGACAGAAAUCCAAGAGUAUUGCAGCAAACUCCGCCAGGAAGUGACAGACCGGGAGAAGAAUGAUCAGAAGCUGCUGGCAGACCUGGAUGACCUGACUAGAACCAAGAAGUACCUGGAGGAGCGGCUGAUAGAGCUGCUCAGGGACAAGGAUGCUCUCUGGCAGAAGUCAGAUGCCCUGGAGUUCCAGCAGAAGCUCCGUGCUGAGGAGAAGCUGCUCGGGGAUGCAGAGGCGAGCCACUGCCUUGACUGCAAGCGGGAAUUCAGCUGGAUGGUGCGGCGGCACCACUGCAGGAUCUGUGGCCGCAGCUUCUGCUACUACUGCUGCAGCAACUACAUCGUGACAAAGCCCGGGGGCAAGAAGGAGCGCUGCUGCCGAGCCUGCUUCCAGAAGCUCGGCGAAGGCCCGGGCUCCCCCAACAGCACCAGCUCAGGCACCAGUCAAGGGCAGCCCAGCCCCACCCUGUCACCAGCCCAGGCCGGACUCCAGGCCCCCGAAGGCCAAGGCGCGAUCACAGACUUCAGGUCCCCAGACGACACCAUGUUUGACAUCAUCACAGACGAGGAGUUGUGCCAGAUACAGGAGUCCGGCUCCUCCUUGCCUGAAACACCCACUGAGACCGAUUCUCUUGACCCAAACGUGGCCGAACAGGACACCACGUCAAACUCGCUAACUCCUGAGGACACUGAAGACGCGCCGUUGGGGCAGGAUGCUGAGAUCUGCUUGCUGAAGUCUGGAGAGCUGAUGAUAAAAGUUCCUUUCACAGUGGAAGAGAUCGCCAGCUUCGGGGACGGCAACAGGGAGCUGUUUGUGCGGUCCAGCACCUACAGCCUCAUCCCCAUCACCGUGGCCGAGGCGGGCCUCACCAUCAGCUGGGUCUUCUCCUCCGACCCCAAGAGCAUCUCCUUCAGUGUGGUCUUCCGGGAGGCAGAGGACACACCACUGGAUCACUGUAAGGUCCUCAUCCCCACGACCCGCUGCAGCUCCCACAAGGAGAACAUCCAGGGCCAGCUCAAGGUGCGCGCGCCAGGCAUCUACAUGCUCAUCUUCGACAACACCUUUUCCAGGUUUGUCUCCAAAAAAGUAUUUUAUCACUUGACGGUUGACCGGCCAGUGAUCUACGACGGAAGCGAUUUCCUAUAGCCUCAAGCACCUGGAUUUUCAGUGUCACUUUACCCACAAGAAACACUACUUUUCUCACCUGUCACAUAAAACACUAAAACAAAAGCAAACAACAAGAAAAAAACCACCCGCUCCAAAGCCGAUCAGCUAUGCAACUUCGGGCGACAGGCCCUUGCUGCUCCUCAAAGCGGCACAGCUCUGAGCGGUGGGCGCUCAGUGCCACGUGCUGACACGUUUGGCCUGGGCUCCCAGGGGCCCUAGCAGCGUUUCCACUGGCUGGGGACCUGACCGCCCUCACAGCCAAAGGCGUGCUCUGCCGAAGGGUUACACAGUCCCAAGGACAUAGUUGGUUCCAAGGCCCCUGUAGAGAGUUUCCCAGGCCAGGGGUGACACCAACGCCUGUCCUUGGAGCAAGCGCCCUGCUCUGCCCCGCCUAGACCCUCGCACCCUGGGCGACCGGGUGCCGGGAUGCCCUCGCCGGACCCUGUGAGGUCUGCAGGCCCUCCCAGGACACGAGUCACAGUGCCCUGGGGCCCCCCCGAGACCUCAGCCAGCCUCUUCCCAUCACGCUCCUGUCUCUUUCUGCCCCAGUGAGUUUGCGGUUGCUCCCGAACUCAGCAACUUCGGAAGGGCCUCCAACUGCACCUUCCUCCAAGCCCUGUCUGGGCGGUUCUGUCCUCGGGCAAAGGCCUUCACUUACCCAGGCUUCUCCUCUGUUCAGAACAUCACCCUGGGAGUCAGAACUGAAGAUAAAUCAGGAAACAGCCCAUUAGGCUCAGAGCCGCAGUGGCUGUCUUCACGCAGUUGACGAAAGCCAAAUGCUGGCCGACAACGGUGCCAUGACCAAAAGGUAGCAUCGUGCCGUGGCCUUGAGGUCCCGCUUCUCAGCGGGUGACCUGUCUAUGCUUAUAGAAGUAAGGGCUUCCGCUUCACCUGCAGGCAUGUUCGCCAAUGACCAUGAGCAGGAUGAGAGCCACUCUCAGUAAGCCUUUGAUAACGCAAGUGUAAGCAGGGGCGAUUCAAGAACCUGCUCUUCACCUUUUGGUCUCAACUCCCCACCGGGGGUUCCCUGGCCCCAAACCUGCCCACUUCCUGCUGCUCAGCCUACGCUUGGCAACCAGGAGCCACCUCCCCAGGGGCCAGAUCAAUCCUGUUUCCUUUCGCGGACAAGAAGGAGAUAAUCUCUCUGUUCUCUGGCCCUUUUCCUGUCACAGAAAGUCACCUUUGGUGGCCUCUCUGUGACUGUUCAGGUCUGAGUGCUGGGCCCGGGCAGUCUUCCAGGUGUGCUGGUGACCGAGGCAAGUCACAGCGUCCCAGGGCUUCAUUUUGUCAUCUGCAAGUCUGGUCGGGCUGGUUUUGAGAGCUUAGGACAGGCUGGGGCCCCAGGCUAAGUCCAGCACAGGCUCCCGGGGCUCUGGCACCCGCAGAGCGCUCCUGGGGGCCGGGGUGGAAGGAAAUGACUUUUGCAAUGGACUCGGGCCCCUCAUUCAAACAGGAGACGGACGCUUCCUGUUCGUUUAAAUGGGGACUGGUGAACAGAACCUUCCAGAGAAAAGCCGGGCCUCAUGCUCACUCAUGGGAGCAGCCUCUCACAGGAAGCCAUCUGAGUCUCGCCUCUCCCACUAGCCACGGGCCUGCUGGUGCUCAGCACCGAAAGAGAAAACGCCCCGGCCCGCGGAGACUGCAUAGCCUCAUGCUGGUCUCACCACAUGAAGGGAAAUUACAGUUAAAAGAGAACCCAACACAGCCAGGCACCUUGUGAGUACUUAGCUUUCUCAGGAAACAAGCUCUGGCUGAUGGCUUCCCACGGGCGUCGCGGCCACCUGUGGCUAGAACCAACCUCUAGCGAACAGCUGAUGAGCGUCCUGCGAAAGGCCUGGGACAUUCCAUCUGCCCGGGGUCCUACUGCAGCUUUAAAAACCACUUGGCUCUUGGACCCAGAGCCACCACUGGAAAGCGGGGCCCCCGUGGUGCGCGCCCCUGCGCCGUCGGCUACAGUGAAGCAAGAGGGCCUUCGCGGCACUCGGAGGACUGCCCGAUCCCCGUGGUCACGUCCUGCCUCUGUAGCUUGUUUAUUUGUUUGUGCUGGAUGGACUCCUGUCCUUUGUUAUUUUGCUGUGUGAGCUCGAGUUUGCUGUGCACUCCACAGCUAGAGAACAUCUUGCCCUAUUUAAGUGGCUUGUAUAAAUAGCUUUAUCAUUUGAAAUAGGUCCCAAACUUGACAGAGGUUUUGGGGUUGGGGCACCCUUUAAAAAUGCAAAUGACAAUGAGGAACUAUUGAAGGGAGUAGCCCAACCAGUAGACAAAAUGACACUAGAAAUCAAUGACGAGGAAACAUCCGGGGGAUCCCAGAUCACUAAGACACUCACGCAGCCCCACGAUGGCCCACGGCCACCGGAGUAACAGUCACUUUUUUAGCAUUGACGCUGGCCGUCUUGUUCAUCGCUGCCUCAGAAGCCACUAAACUUCAGUUGGGGCGUGGCCUCUGUCAGGCCCACUCACCCGCAAGGAAGUGUGUGUGGGGUGGAGCACGGCCUCUGCAGAGCUCUCCGGACAGCGGGCCGACUGGGCCAGGAGCGGACGCCGUUCCCAGGCAGGAUUCUGGACGUGAAAAGCCCCGCGGGGUUGGAAAGUAGAAAUACAAAGCCACGUAAUAUAAUUCAAAAAUAAAGGGGGUGGUUUUUCUGGACAUUUGUCACCCACCUAAGAUGGCAAAGCCAUUCUAGACUCGCAUGAAAGGAAGUCCCCCGUUUGGGGAUGAAGACGUAGAGUACUGUAUCUCACGGUACUGGCUAGAUGUCCUCUCCUGUAAAUUUUAGAGCAGUUUCAUUGAGUGAGAGUCCCAUCCUUGGCUCAGGGGUGUUGAGAGUCAAAGCACAGAGAAGCCAUUGGUGGCGCGUGGAGCCUGGGCUCGCCCUUCGCAGGGACUGUGGAGGCAGCCAUCCGCCACGACAGAGCAGGCAAAAAGCACUUUUUAGUGGAAACUUGGGUGAAUUUUUCUCAUUUCACUGUGAUUCUUUCAAGGAGAUGGGAAAGGCUGAAUAGAGCUUUUCCUCUUAAUCACUUUUUUAAAAUAAUGAAGUAGAUCUUUGAAUUUUGGGAGACAUUUCUGAUUUAAAAAAAAGAAAAAAGGCUUACGUAGAACCUUCUGAUGAGCCAUCCAGAGACACCCCUGCCUCUGGUGGCUGCAGCAGCCAGGCCUGCCCUGCACAGCUUCCUAUCGGAAUUGCACUUGAACUGACUAGUCCUCACUUCUCGCGGCCUUAUGGGAUAGUGGGUCUGGGACCCCAGUCCAUCCUUAUCUGCCAAAGAAUGACCCAGAAGCACAUCAAACGCCAACACCCCACCUGCCCGGUGGAGGUGAAAACCUGUAUCCCAAAACAUUUCUUUAUAGCAUCUGCUGCACCAUUUGGAAAUGUAUUUUUAACCUCAGGAUUUAAAUAAACACUAUGACAUUGAGAGUGGGGUCA